GAUUAUUCCAUUCAGCAGAAUGGAGCAAUUAGAAUAAUUUUGAUAAAUGAAUUCCUAUGGAGAAUAAGUUGAACAUUUGACCUGCUUUGAGGACACAAACUACUUAUUUUCUAAAGUAAUCUGUAAUAGCCAAUCCAAUAAAAAUGAAUUCAACAGUAUUUUCCCAGAUGGAAAAUCUCUCAGUGCACUAUAAUGUUUCAGAGAAGAUUUCCCAAGUUUUGACUUUUGAAAAUGAUGAUUGUCAUCUGCCCUUGGCCAUGAUAUUUACAUUAGCUCUUGCUUAUGGAGCUGUGAUAAUUCUUGGGGUCUCCGGAAACCUGGCUUUGAUCAUAAUCAUCUUGAAACAAAAGGAGAUGAGAAAUGUUACCAACAUUCUGAUUGUAAACCUUUCCUUCUCAGACUUACUGGUGGCCAUCAUGUGUCUCCCCUUUACAUUUGUCUACACUUUAAUGGACCACUGGAUCUUUGGUGAGGCCAUGUGCAAAUUGAAUCCUUUUGUGCAGUGCGUUUCAAUCACUGUGUCCAUUUUCUCUCUGGUUCUCAUCGCUGUGGAACGACACCAGCUGAUCAUCAACCCACGAGGUUGGCGACCGAAUAACAAACAUGCUUAUGUAGGCAUUGCUAUCAUUUGGAUCAUUGCUUUGGCUUCUUCUUUGCCCUUCCUUAUCUAUCAAGUCUUGACAGAUGAACCAUUCCAAAAUGUAACAUUUGAAGCGUUCAAGGACAAGUAUGUAUGCUUUGAUAAAUUUCCAUCAGACUCUCAUAGGUUGUCUUACACUACUCUCCUAUUGCUGCUGCAAUAUUUUGGCCCACUCUGUUUCAUAUUUAUUUGCUACUUCAAGAUAUACAUACGCUUAAAAAAGAGAAACAAUAUGAUGGACAAGAUGAGAGAUAAUAAAUACAGGUCCAGUGAAACCAAAAGAAUCAACAUCAUGCUGCUUUCCAUUGUGGUAGCGUUUGCAGUCUGCUGGCUGCCUCUUACUAUCUUUAACACUGUAUUUGACUGGAAUCAUCAGAUCAUUGCUACAUGCAACCACAAUCUCUUAUUCUUGCUCUGCCACCUCACAGCAAUGAUAUCCACCUGUGUCAAUCCCAUAUUUUAUGGGUUCCUGAACAAAAACUUCCAGAGGGACUUGCAGUUCUUCUUUAACUUUUGUGAUUUCCGGUCCCGAGAUGAUGAUUAUGAGACAAUAGCCAUGUCCACCAUGCACACAGAUGUUUCCAAGACUUCCUUGAAACAAGCAAGCCCAGUCGCAUUUAAAAAAAUCAACAAUGAUGAUAAUGAAAAAAUAUGAAACCAUUUGCACUGUAUGGUCCUAUAUGACAUCUAUUUAAUAACAAGCACAACCUGCAACAUGCUUUCAUUACCUGUUCUGCCAAGGAAUGUGGAUGAAAUUAUUUGGGAAAGACAGAGACAUUUUCUGGGAAAGAGGAUUUUUCAUUGUACUUACCGUGAUUGCACUUGGAACAAAAUGUACAGGCUUUGGAAUUUUCUGGCCUUAUUUUUUGGCGAUACAUCUUUGGAGUGCUUUUUGUGAAUUUAUGCAUAUAAAGGUUUCUACACUGUAUUGUAUUGAAAACUUUUUAAGUAUUA